AAAAAUUUGAACUUUGUAGAAAAUUCGUUUUUUUUUUUUCUCUACGGGAGAAAAUUAGAAAAAGUGUUAAGAAAUAUUGAAGUUUUCCUUGUACACCGGUCAACGGUAAAAGCAGCAAAAUUCCGCCUUCAGUGAAAAAAAACUUUUCCAAAACGGACAUCUUUCGAGGACCUAUGUCAGUGCUAAGCUAUCUACUAUUGAAAUUCAAUCAAAACGCUUUAACAAGGAUACAACACAACCUUGAACUACUGAACUCUUUCAUAACAUAACACCAUCGAACUUUCAUUAAUCAAGAGACGAACAGAGCAUUCAGAGCGAAUAAAAAAUAGAGAAAAAAAGCAAAAACAAAAGCAAAAAAAAAAA